AUGGCGAGCUCCGGAGGGAGCGGCCGUUCUGCAAACAACGUGCUCGUGCUCGUGCGCGUCGGCCCCUUGCUCCUCCUGCGAGCGGUCGGUCGUCCUGUAACCGCUGUCCCUCCAUCCCUCAGCGAGGUGCUGGCAGUGGAGUCCGUGGCAUGUCUGAACAGCGCCCUGGGCAAACUGCGGGAUAUCUGGGAGGAGAUCGGGAUCCCUGAGGAGCAGCGACUGCAGCGAACAGAUGUGGUGAAGAAGCACGUCAAGGGGCUGCUGGACAUGAUGAUUGCCGAGGAGGAGGACCUGAAGGAGCGCCUGCUCAAGAGCAUCUCCACGUGUCGCAAGGAGCUGGACACCCUGUGCCAGGAGCUCCACUUAGAUCCUUUCGAAGAGGAGGAGAGCACCAUCCUGCAACUAGAGAGGGAGCUGCGCACCCACAUGGAGGUGUUGCUGAAUCAGAAGCGGGAGAGAAAGCAGGAGCUGAAAGCCCUGCAGGAUCGAGACCGGGAUCUGUGCAACCUCCUUUGCGCCCGCCCGUACAGCAUUGACAGCAGCGCCGUACCCAGCCUGGAGGAGCUCGAUGGCUUCCGGCGCCACCUGGCCACGCUGACAACCGAGAAGGAGCGCCGGCGAGAGGAGUUCAUGCGCACCAAGCGGCAGAUCAUCAAGUGCAUGGAAGAGCUGGAGCAUGUCCCCGACACCAGCUUCGAGCAGGAUGUGGUGUGUGAGGACGAGGAAGCCUUCUGCCUCUCCACCGAGAACAUUGCUGCACUCAAGGAGCUGCUCCAGCAGCUGGAAGCCCGGCAGGCACUUAACGAGGCGGUGUGCGCAGAACUGCGUUCCCGAAUCCUGGAGCUCUGGGACCGCCUGCAGGUUCCAGCCGAGGAGAGGGAUGCUGUGGCCCCACACAUGACCGGGUCCCGCGCCAGGACCAGGAGAGAGCUGCAGCUGGAAGUGGACCGCCUGGAGGAGCUGAAGCUGCAGAACAUGAAGGUGGUGAUCGAGGCGAUCCGCGUGGAGCUGGCAGCCUACUGGGACAAGUGCUUCUACAGUCCAGGCCAGCGGGAGGGUUUUGCCCCCUAUUAUGAUGAGGACUACACGGAGACCCUGCUGCAGCUCCAUGACGCUGAGGUGGGGAGGCUGAAGCACUACUACGAGACACACAGGGAGCUCUUUGAGGCCGUCCAGAAGUGGGAGGAAAACUGGAGACUGUUCCUGGAGCUGGAGCGCAAAUCAAGCGACCCCAACCGCUUCGCCAACCGCGGGGGGAACCUCCUAAAGGAAGAGAAGCAGCGGGCCAAGCUGCAGAAGACUCUCUCCAAGCUGGAGGAGGAGCUGCGCGUGCGCAUUGAGGGCUGGGAGCAUGAGAACCAGGAGGCUUUUCUGGUGAGCGGGCAGCAGUUCAUGGAGUACGUGGCAGAGCAGUGGCAGCUCUUCCGCCUGGAGAAGGAGAAGGAGAAACAGGAGCGCCAACUGAAGAAGAGUCGGCAGAUCGAGGGAGAGCUGCUGUAUGGCGCCGUGGCCAAUCCACCCGCCAAGCGCUGUGUGCUUGGGCCCCACGUGCCUGGCAAACUCGGCCAGUCUGCUCGGCCCCCCGGCCAUGCGGCCGCCCAGCCCCUGCGCUCUGGCCUCAAGGAGCGCAACAAGGAGAACGUGCCACAGCUGCAUGGCCCCGGGCUGAGCGGUGGGUGCACCCCCAUGAGUAACCACAGCGUUAAGUCUGUUGCCAGCACCUACUCGGAGUUUGCGCACCAACUCUCAAAGGCCUCCAGGUCUGACAACAGCUCCCACGUCCUGAACUCCACCACCACCACCACCCUGCACUGCUGAGGCACGGCUGCCUGGCCUGGCCCCAGCGCCGCCACCAGCCGCUGUUCCCAGAGCCACCGCGCGCACCUGUCUCAGCCGCUGCCUGUCUGCUGGAGCCGGGUGGGCCCUGCCCCAGGCCUGACUUCAGCUUGGUCCCCUGGUGCUUCUCUGCUGCUUCGCCUAGUCGGGAUCCCUGUUUUUAUGGUGAUUUAAACGUUUGCUUUCCUGCCCCAGCCCUGCUGCCACCUCUGCACUAGCUCAGCCUGGCGGCAGCCAGCCCCCCACCAAUGAACUAGGUCAACACCUGGCUGCAGGGCUCAGGCCGGGGGGGCCGGAGCAUAAGCUGGUUAAAGGGUGGGGGCCUCGGGCUACGGGUACUGCUGCCCCUGCCACGCUCAGCACUGCUGCACCUCCCCAUGCUUAUAAAUACUGGCCCUGGACCGGUGGAUAGGGUGCACCUUGUUAACACUACAGCCUUGCUUGGUUAUUUAUUCCCUGCUGCCUGGGCCCAAGCCGCUGCGGGUGGAGGGCUCCUGCUGCGUGUCUGUUUGUUCGUGGGGGGCCUGCUUGUGAGGAAGCUGUUGGGCAUGUGUACGGGACUUGUUUUAACCGCUGACUGACCCGCUUCCCUGGUUGCCUUCUGGUGUCGAAGGGGAAGCGGGUUCUGUAACAAGACAAAGAAAGAAUACACGAAUAAACAAUAAAAUGGGGAUCCGUGUGCCGAGGCCGCGCAGCUUGGUGGAGGGGGUGCUUCAGGUGCUGCUCAGUCUGUGCCUAGGGGUCUGCUCGUCUCCUCCCUGCAGUGGCACCACUGCCAGCAUGAUCUGUUAUCCAUAAAGUGGCAGCGAGGUGCCCCAUCUCUGCAGCCAGAGGCCGAGGGAAGCCAGCAGCAGCACACGGCACCUGUUGCUUGACCCUGCCCUUUAUUAGCAUUCCUUGCAGGCCCCAGCUGCUGGAAGCCGAGGUUGAAGUGCUACACGUCCAGCCCAGCACAGGGCUUUUGCUUCCCUCCUGGAGGAGACUGACACAUCCAACAUGGCCUGCCUACAGCACGGGGCCGGGCAGGUGUCUGCCAGGCUCGGUGCCAGCAGCAGCGCUCAGGAAGGCUCUCCUUUCUCCACGGCACGCACGUAAGUCGUCCAUGGGCCGCACACCACCUCCUCUACGCGCAGCCCAUUGGCAGGGAAGUAGGCAACAGCUUGAGGCUGGUCGGAGCUGGCUCUGUCCCCAUGCCCCAGCUGGCCGUAUUUAC